GAGAAGGUAAACUGCUCUUCACUGGUCUUGUCUAGUUCCAGGAAAGAUUGAAUGGCAGGCUCAGUAGCAGAGGGACGCCUGCAGGUUCUACAGAUUUACCGGCUGCUGCAGUGGGUGCGCACCCGCAAUACUGCGCAGAUUAAGAAGCUGGUGCAUGGUGGCGUACAUAACCUCAUCAACAUCACGGAGCCAGAGGAGGGCAAAGGUGUCCUUCAUGUGGCUGCAGUAGCCAAUGACAAAGACAUGGUGGAAUGUCUGAUUAGUCUUGGGGCCCAUCCUGAUGUCCAGGACAAGCAAGGACGAACAUCAGUGAUGCUGGCUGCUGAACUCGGACAUGAUGGCGUAGUCACUCUGCUAGCUGAGAAGAAAGCAGAUAUGAAUCUGACAGAUAUUGAGGGAAAAGGUGUGCUCUUCUACUGCCUCUGCCCCACCAACAGACAUAAACGCUGCCUGCAGGUGGCACUGAACAACAAGGCUGAUGUAAACAAUGUGUCGCAUGCGGGUUUGCCUGUUUUUCUUCAGGCCUGUGAGAACGCUCGGGAGUGUGAGGACAUGUGCCUCAGUUUGCUGGAGAGAGGGGCCAACCCCAAUGCCACCAAUCAGGUGACAGGUCGCACUGCUCUAAUGGAGGCAGUGAGAACAGGAGCAGUGGGGCUGGUAAGGGCUCUGCUUAAAAGAGGGGCUAGUGUCAAUGCUGCAGACGGCAAGAUGUUCUACCCAAUUCACUUUGCUGCUGAAGGAGGCUACCUUGAGAUCAUUCAGGUGUUAUCUGCAUAUGCGGCAGAUAUGGGAGUAAUGACAGAAGAAGGAAACACGGCACUGCACCUCUCUGCCCAUGGAGGCUUUGCUGACUGCUGCAGAUUUUUGUCUCUGCGAGGAUGCAACCCUAAACAAAAAAACCGAGAGGGCAUCUUACCCCAUCAAACUGCCAAGGACUCUGGUCACAAAGCCGUGGUAAAAGAGCUUAAGAGGGCUGAGCGAUUGCAUGGAAAACUAUUUAAGAACCCAGGCAGAACCACUGAACCAUGGACACUGACUCUGCACGACUGGUCUAAAGAAAAUGAAGACAAACUAUGCAAGGCAUUUGAAUUAGCUUCAGAUGGAAUCAACCACAUUGAGGUGGUCCCAUGGAAGACAUUCGUCUCUGUCCUUCAAGACUUUCAAGCACCGGUGAACAAUGAACAAGUACAGAGAAUCCUGCUCGCUCAUGACAAACGAAGGGAGGGUCUAAUUAACAUCAAUGAAUUUUUGAAAGGUCUCAAAUACCUGCCCAGGACUUUAGUCAUGGACUGUUCUGAACCGAAAAAAAAGAAACGAGCAAUAAAGACAGGGAAGGUGAAGAAAAAAAGCAAAUUAAAUUUUCCCCUGCCAAUUUGCAUCAUCCCACCAGAACUUGUCUACCGUCGUGAUGACGGAGGGCCACCGCAUUUUAUGAUCGAGACCCACCAGCUUGCUACGGAUCCAACACGCUUCGAUCGGGACCAUCCACCUGUGCAUCCGAUAGAAGAUGAUUCAGCCUGGUACAUUGAUGAGCCAGAGAAGAUAUACAUCAACAUCAACUACUGUGUAAAGACUGGAGACACUGAGUCUCUAAAGUCGGCCUUUAGUCACAAGGUUCCAGUCGAUGUGAAGGACCGAUUUUUUAAAACACCCCUCAUUACUGCUUGUGCAAGUGGAAAUUAUGAAAUGGCCAAGUUUCUACUUGAUCUCGGGGCUGAUGUGAAUGCAAGUGAUCAGUUUCGCUGGACUCCACUACACCAUGCCUGCCAUGCUGGACAGCUCGACAUCAUAAAGCUACUGGUGGAUGCAGGUGCUUCAGUAAACUCGAUUACACUCGGUGGAGCCACACCUCUAAUGAGAGCCAUAGAAAGCUCCAGACCCUGCUGUGUAGACUACCUUCUAAAGGCUGGGGCAGACAUCACAGCAAAGAACAAGACAGAGCAAAGCUGCUUGGACAUUGCCCAUGCUUACGCAGAUUUUAGGAUUGUGGAGUUGAUCCAGGCCAAGACUGAUAGCCUUUCUAAGCUAAAGGACAGAAGGAUGAGGCAGCCAAACAACCAGAUGGAUAACACAGCCAGAUCUCAGACCAAAUCCAGAACCACCUCAAACACGCUCUCUAAGGAAAAGCAGGAGGCUGAUACCACACUGCAGGCAUCAGAGUAUUCUGCAACCUCAGCAGGACAAACUGAAGCAGAGACGAACAGUGUGAUCCUUCACAAUGCUCAGAUCACUGGUGGAGCUCUUAACAAAAUAGACAUUAGCUUUGUGCCAAAAACGGUGUGGGGCAAGCAACUCACUACCAGUCAGCUAAUGGAAAUGAAGGAGAAACGGCGACAUCGUUUCACCUAUGAAGUGGAUUUUGAAAAUUUCAAGAUGCCUUUUAACAAGAACAUUCAGAGAAAGAUCACUGAUCUUACAGAAGAAUUAAGAAUAAAGGAUAAAUCAUCUGAAACUCAAAAUGUCUUCCAUAUAGCAUAAUGACAAGAGUCUACCUUUCAGUAUGGAAAAUGCAACAAG